AUGGCUGACGUAUCCAAUGAAAAUAGAGAUUACAAAUAUUCCGAAGAUGAAGGGUUUGAAGGUUAUGAAUACAUUCCAGAAGAGGGAGAUGACGGCCUAAACGAAAAUGAUAUUGCGAGCCGCGCACUGGCUGUAUUAGGGGUGGGUACAAAUUGGUUAAUUUCAUCAAUAAUGCUACAAAACGUAUAAUAAUAUCUUUAAAAACUACUCGUUCACAUGAAUUCCUGUCAUUAUGAAUACAAGAUUUUUUUAAAUAUAAUUUUCUUCGGAUCUUUUAGAACUCAAAUAAACAAUGAUAAUAUUAUCGUUUUUCGUAUUAUAGCAUUUUAGUGGCAAACGUAAUAGUAGGAACGAGCGACAUGGAUUCGGCAGAACUAUUUUACCGAACGGCGACGCCUACGUGGGAAUGUAUACGAACGACCAGCGACAGGGAUACGGAGAGUAUAUAUUUAAAAACGGUGGGAAGUACAACGGCUGUUACAAACAUAAUUUGAGAAACGGCAAUGGAAUAAUGCAUUACCCGGACAAAUCUAAAUACGACGGUAUUGAUACUAUUAGAAAACUAUUAUAUUGUUUUUCUAUAUGUAUAGUUUGUGAAAAGAUUAAAUUAGGCGCCACGUAACUGCAGUGGCGUGUAGACAAUUUCGAUUAUGAGGCCCAGGAAUUGUCUAUACGUAUCAAUUACCAUCGCCAACAUCCCUCUUAUAAACAAAUCAAUGAUACAUUUUUUAUAUGUACAAUAUACCGAUAAUGUAAAUUAUCGUAGAAAUUUUAUCCUUGUGAAAAUUGCAUGAAUUUUUCACGAAUAUUUUCGAAAACUCGUAUAUUUUUAAUAUUUAUUAAUUAUUCAAGCCAAAAUUGUUGUUUAGCAUCAUUUAUAUCAAGGUUUACCUUCAUAUUUACAAUUAAAAAUCUGUUGAAAACUGUAUUAUUUAUUUUAAACAAUUUUUAGACUCAACAGUUAUAAAUUAUUUGUAUUUUCUACUUUUGUAUGACUGUUAUUAGUGUAAACCUUUUAAACGUUUAUAAAAUUGAAACAAGUCAUACACAAACUAAAUGAUUGUAUUUUACUGGUUUGAAUUAUUAAAUAUAUUCCUAUUCAAUAUUCACUAUUCAUUUACCAACAUUUGGAUACUUUUAAUCAUUGGGUCAUUAGAUGUGAUUACUAUGGUAAAAGAGAUGACAAAACACAAUUAUUAUGACUAAACAAGUAAAAACUGACGAAUUUCAGUUUUAUUACGUGUGGUGUAGUUGCCUGUCGUAACAAACUUAACUGUUACAAAUUAAAAUAUAGUAUCAAAAUUGAAUAUUUAAAGAAAAACGUAAAUUUAAAAAUUAAUAAAUUUUCAAGUUCACAUUUAUAACACAUUAUGAUAUAGAUUGAUUAAAAUCCAUUACUUUUCUACAGUUCAACACAGAAUGUGACUUGCUCUGAUCGCUAAUCCGCGAUCGUGGACUGAACCCCGAUUCGGUUUCUUAUUACAUUAAAAAAAUACAUAAUAAAAUGGAAAUUUUAGGGCGUAGAAAGCCCCUGAAUCUUCUCUACUUCAUUUUCGUUACUUCUCACGAUAUUGGGUGAGACCCAGUUUCUCCGAAUUGUCGAGUGAAUCACAUCUCCAACACAGUCUUUGAUCACUCGCGAAAUCAGUAUUCGCCGCGUCACUGCCACUGAAAUAGCGACCAAAUGAUUUUUCUAUUUUUUUUUUUUUUUUGUCGAUAAAGGCCAAUGGUACGAUAACGAUAAAGACGGCGUUGGCACCUUUACGUACAACAAUGGAGACAAGUAUCAAGGAUCGUGGAAAUGCGACAUGAAACACGGCGUCGGGACGUAUUCGUUUUGUAAAUCGAAAGCCGUUCUCAAGGGCGUGUGGUCAAACGGGAAAAGGGUUUCGAAUUUUGAAUUUUACUUCCCCACUAGUGAUGAAUCCGGGUUUACUUUUCACGGCGUAUGGGACGACAACGAAAACGUAUGCCUUCUUAACGUCAUAUUUGUACUUCGUACACACAAAUCGAUAAUAUAAUAGAAUUAAUGUAUUGUUGAUUUUUUUUUUAAGGUGGCCGGGGAAGGAUAUUUCGUGUUCGAAGACUUAAUGUGCAUGCAACGAGGUAUUCACGUGAACAACAAUAAUUAUUAUUCGCUUAAUAGUAACAACGUAUGGUUAUCUACAGACAUGCACGGAAAUACCGGUAAGCAAAUAAUUAUUAUAGACAUUAGAAAACGAUUUUUUUUUUUGAAGUAUCCAGACUGGUUUUUUUUUUUUUUUGGUAUAACAUACGGUUGUCAUCCCGAAAGUAUCGCCUAUUUACGAUCAUAGAUAGAAGGAAACUCGUAGUUAUAAUGCUGUUGCCAUUAAAUCGAAAAAAGAAUGAAAGGCGUCGUUACUCAGUAGCGUCAAAACUACCCGAGCAGUGGCAUUUAGAAAUGGAAACCACCGGAGAUGUGCCGCCAUCUCAAUAA